UCUAAUGUAAAAGUUCCAAAAAGAAUGUGUAUUUAUGUAUAUGUGGUUUUAAUAAAUUUUGGAUGAAUUGUACAUUCAAAAUUUAAAAAAUGUGUAUGUUAUUUGUUACUGUAAAUAUCGCAGUUCGGACUAAUUUUUCAACACACCGUGUUUUUCCUUUCAAUUAUUUAAAUAAAGUGUACACUUCCGGAAAAUGGAAUGUGUACAAUUUUGGUUGAUAAAACCAAACGAAAAUUAUUUAGGCAUAAUACCCUGAUUAUCGUUAUCGCAAAUACACAAAUGUUUGGAAAUGGGCCAAUCAAAUUGCCAAUCAGGAAACGGAAAAACAGAUGAGUCUGGAUGUGAAAACGGAGAUGGGAAGACUAAGAAGAUUAUAGCAUAUAUUCUAGUUGGAUUUACAUUAUUCAACACUUUGAUGAUUGGAAUGAAUGGAUCACCUUUUUCGUUAAAUAGGUUUAAAAUACCCGGAAAUUACUAUAGCCUCUACGUGAGCAGGUUACACAACUGUAUGGAACUGGCCUGUUUUGUAGGUAUAGUUCUAGGUACUUUGUAUAUUCUUCCUUGCGGAAUUUAUAGUGAGUAUGUUUCUAUUGGAAUUAAUUGGAUGUAUUUUAUAGUAAAUGUUAUAUUAUUAAUAUCGUAUGUGACUGGUGGCGAAAAUGGCCAUUUGACAUUUUAUUAUUGGACAUUGGCAGCGUCUGCCACUGUCUAUGGAAUAACUCUUCAAUUUGUUUAUAAAAUGAGUGGGAGCUGUAUGCCAUAUUUUAUGGUAGGUGUUCCAAUUUCUUCUGUUUGCACCUCAUUGACACACUUUAUAGUAUUAAGCUUAUUCGGUAAUCGCAGAAAAUAUAAUACCGACUUAAUAAUUCUAACAACUGAGAUCUCUAUAUCAGUAAUUUCUACGGGUUUAACUGCAUCCAUAUGGACGGUUGCAUAUAUGUGUGGAGGAAAUAGUAAACCUAAAACUGAGAAAACUUGUCAAAAUGGAGAUAAUGAUUCAUCUGAUACCAAUAAUGAAAGUUUUAAACCAGAUGUGAUUUCUCCAAUCCUAAUGACUUCAGUUGCCCUUUCUCUUAUUUAUGCUUAUUACCCAGGUAUUGCACCAGGCCUUUUGGUUGAUUUUCGUUACGUUCACAAGAUUGACCUGGUUCUCAUGUUUAUAGUCCCACUACCCUCUAUAGUAAUUGCAGUAUUAUCUUACUCCGGAUAUGGACCUGAUGGUAAGUGGGAAUGUAGAAGACAUUGGCAUGCGUUUGUGAUUUUCAUUGUUUCGAUGAUAGUUUGUUCAAUAUUAUUUACAACUUCUCUUCAUUAUCCUCAUUCAGACGUUGGUCGUUCCAUUGUUAAUAAGCCUAUGAUGACUGGGUUUCUCACUAUACUAUUCUAUAUUAGCCAUGAAAUAAUGCUUUCAGUGGGAUUUCCGGGUAUUUCGGAGAACUGGAAUUCAAAUGCUACAACAGGAACUGGUUUGCUUUGCGGAACUGGCCUUAUGAUUUUCGUUUUAUUUGGGGAGGGUUACAUCAUUGAAUACAAAAGGCAUAAUAAGCUAAAAUGGCCAACAGAUGGAAUGGCAACACGCACUGCAUUUAACUACUGGAUGAGUAGAUCUUUUGCAAACGCCGUGGAUAAUGUAAAGUGCAUUUUCACCUCAGAUGUGAGGAGAGACAUUUUAAGAUCAGUUCAGAAAAAGGAAGUAAUUUAAUAUCUUUUUA